AACGCGUCACAGAUUAUAGGAUUUAUAUAAGAGCAAAGAAGGCUUCUGCGGACCAGUGUGCAUAGUGCAUCAAGCUAAGCAGGAUGAUUAAGCUAUUCCUCAUUACUUUACUUUGCGCGACGCUGGUGUUCGCCGAUUCGGCGGUCCAGGACUUCCAAGAUUUAAAGGCAUGGAAGGGACCGGUGAACGGAUUUCUCAGUACGAUGAAACAUGGUAGUAGUAGUUUGGUGCGACGAUCGGCAAAUGGAGGAGGACCACCAGGAGGACCUCCAGGAGGUGGACCACCAGGAGGUGGAGGUGAAGGAUACGGAGGAGCAUCUGGAGGAGCAUCAGGAGGAUUUCAAAUAGGAGGAGGAAUGGGAGGAGGAAUGGGAGGAGGAGGAGGAGCAGGAAGCGAAUGAUAGAAUCAGAUCAUAAGGAUCAUCAGAAUAAAUAGUUUAUGCUCUUUAGGUCCAAUAUGGAGAUAUUGAAGCCUGUUGUAAAAUAGAGAAAAGUGAUUUAGAUUUCACUCAACACUUUGACACGUCUUAUUAGAAUAUUUUGCACGCUUGAGAACCUCGAUGAUUUUAGAUUUACAAUAAUAAAACUUCGCACCGCAUGAUA